GGGAAAAGUUAGGCAAGAUGGCAAACCCCGCAGACCCGGAGUGAAAGGGCGCCGCUGCCCCGCUCAUAAUUAAAACAAGCCGAGCCUGAGUUUCCUCCUGCGGGGGAAUCCGACGAUGCAAACCGCGCCAGAAGGCCUGACAGGGGAUUCCCUGAAGGGAAAUGCCACAGACUGAUGCUGCUGCGACACAGCUAGAGCUGGAAAAGAGCUGACCCGUCACCGAUCAAUCCCAUCUGAGAUCCACCGAGCCGCCAGAAGCAGAUCCGAUCGCCUCAUGCCUGCUUAGAGCCGGAACCGCCUCUCCUCUCCUCCUGUCUCUCACUCUCUCAGCAAAGGAGAUUAUUGGGAAUCGAAGGUGGUGUGGAACCCCCUCCAGCAGGGAUUUAUCCGCCAUCUGGGACAUCCCACCGCAUCCGGCGGCGCCUCGUCCGUCCCGCCCGGCAGACCAUGAUGUUUCGGGAUCAGGUGGGCGUGCUGGCCAGCUGGUUUAAGGGAUGGAACGAGUGCGAGCAGACCGUGGCUCUGGUGUCGCUGCUGAAGAGGGUGAGCCGGACCCAGGCCCGAUUCCUGCAGGUGUGCCUGGAGCACUCCCUGGCUGAAUGCACGGAGCUGCAGGUCCUGGAGGGAGAGGCCAAUAAUCCAGGUCUGAUCAGUCAGUGGCAAGGCGAGCCUAAGGAGCGGAUCAUCUCUCUGGUCCUCACCCACCUCCCUCUGCUCAAACCAGGCAACACAGAGGCGAAGAGCGAGUACAUGCGCCUGCUGCCGCGCAUCCUGACGCACACCAUCGAGCACGGCCACCACCUGGAGGAGUCCCGCCAGCUGCUGUCCUACGCCCUCAUCCACCCGGCCACCUCCCUGGAGGACCGCGCCGCCCUGGCGCUCUGGCUGAACCACCUGGAGGAGAGGGCCGCCGCACGGGGCGACUCCCUGGAGAGGCCGCCUCCCGCCGCCGGUCCCCACCAUCACCACCACCAGUCCACGCCUCCGUCCACCCUCGCCUCGUCGGGAUCCUCGUCUUCCACGAACUCUUCAUCGUCUGGGAACCUGUACAACCUGCACCACCACCACCACCAGCGCUACGGCUCCGAUGACCGCCUCAACGGCUGGCAGAACUCCCGGGACUCCGGGAUCGGCGGAGGCUGGCACCAGCAGCAGGGCUGUGAGAACGGACAUCUCCUACUUUACCCAUCAACCUCGGUGCCGACAACCAUCAACACUGUUGGAACCGGUGGAGGAAGCAACACUAUUCUUUCAAGCGGUGGUGGAAGUCAGCAGCACAGUCCCCUAAAGCGCUCCGUGUCCCUUACGCCCCCCAUCAGCGGCCCCAACAACCAGCCUCUGGGCCACGUCUGGCUGUCCCAAGAGGACCUUCGGACGUCCAGAGGCCCCGCCCCAGACCAUGCGCCUCUCUCCCCCCAGAGCAGCAUCGCCUCUUCGGGCAGUGGGGGCAGCGAACACCUGGAUGAUGGCGGCUUAGGAGGCAGUUCAAGUCUGCAUCGCAAUUCCUUCCAUGAGGACGGCAGUGGGAUGAGGGAUGUUCCUGGAUGGCUGAAGAGUCUUCGUCUCCAUAAGUACGCCGUGCUCUUCUCCACAAUGACCUACGAUGAAAUGAUGUCACUGACGGAAGAACAACUAGAAGCACAGAAAGUCACUAAAGGAGCUCGACACAAGAUUGUAAUCAGCAUUCAGAAACUCAAAGAAAGGCAGAACCUUCUGCGCAGCCUGGAAAAGGACGUCUUGGAGGGCGGGAAUCUUCGCACGCCGCUGCAGGAGCUCCACCUGAUGAUCACGACUCCCAUCAAAGCCUUCAGCGGAGGGGAGGAGUCGUCUCUGCAGCGCCCCCUGCUGAGUCCGCAGAGCAAGAGCUCCGCCUCCGACUCCGGCCUGCCUGGAGGCGGCGGAGGAGAAGCCGAGAUCGGCAGCAGUGUCAUCGCAGAGGGGGAUCUGCCGGGCCAGUUCACCCGUGUCAUGGGGAAAGUUUGCACCCAGCUCCUGGUGUCGCGGUCGGAUGAGGACAACAUCAGCUCCUACCUGCAGCUCAUCGAUAAAUGUCUCAUCCAUGAGUCCUUCACAGAGACGCAAAAGAAGAGGCUGUUGUCAUGGAAACAGCAGAUCCAGAGGCUUUUCCGGUCGAUCCCGAGGAAAACCCUCCUCGACAUUGCGGGUUACCGACCUCAGAGGAGCCGUUUCGGUCAGUCGAACUCUCUCCCCACCACCAGCUGCGUCGGGAGCAGCGUGUCCGCCAGGCGCAGCCUCCACCAGUUCCAUAUGCCUUCCAGGAGCUUACCGGGAGCCAGACUGGGUUUACUGGGCAGCGGGGGGCUGCUGGGACCCACUCCCCGCAGCUCCAGCAGCACCCCAACCGGUCCCAAACAGGGCAGGCAUGGCCCCUGGUUUGCCAACCCUGGAGGAAGUAACAGCAUGCCGAGUCGGACCCACAGCUCCGUGCAGAGGACGCGGUCGCUGCCGGUCCACACCACGCCGCAAACCAUGGUUACGUUCCAGCAGACCGAUCAUCAGUUUCCAGUGACGGAGCCGGACAUAAACAAUCGCCUGGAGUCGUUGUGUUUGAGCAUGACAGAACACGCGUUGGGAGAUGGUGCAGAUCGCACAUCAACAAUAUGAGGUCAUCGGGGCGCCGCAGGUUCUCCUCAAAGCCAGCCGGAGGUCGCCGGUCCUCCCGC